AUGGGCAGUCCUCUUGGUCCAACAUUCGCCGAAUUCUACAUGUGCGAACUCGAAAACUGUGUAUUGUUGGAUGCACAAAUCAAACCUGACCUUUACUGUCGAUACGUCGACGACAUCUUCGUCAUCGUUCGAGACGAAGUUCACAUGAUGGAGCUGCGCGCGGCUUUAGAACGCAAUUCCGUGUUGACAUUCACUUACGAAUUCGGACAAAAUCAGACGUUGCCUUUUCUGGACAUACUGGUGCAAGACGAUAAUAAUUCGUUCGUCACUAAAGUUUAUCGGAAACCUACAGACGUCGGAAAGGUCCUGAACCAAGAAAGCGAAUGUCCCCAGCGCUACAAAAUCAGCACCAUACGCGCCCUCAUACAUCGAGCGUUCAAGACUUGUACAUCCGCUCAUGACUUAAAAACUGAACUCCGGACCUGCAAACAAAUUCUUGUCAACAACGGGGGCCAUGUCCCGGGCCGGAGGAUGUCAGGAGACUGCGGGUCCGGGGCCCGGGGGGCGGGGGAGGACCUGGUGGGCCUGCUGCCCCCCACCAGGGGGGCGCUGGGGGGCGACAACAACAACAAUGAGAACAAGGAUAACAAAGCCAGGGAUGGCAGCCAUAGUUCAUCUUCUGGUGGGAAGAAAAAUCUUGCUUCAAGUUGUAGCUUGAAAACAAUUGUUAUCAAGCCAGGCACAGAUAACAGUGAUAACAGGAAACUAGAUAACAGUGAUAACAAGAAACUAGAUAACAAUGAUAAGAAAUUAGAUAACAGUGAUAACAAGAAAUUAGAUAAUAGUGAUAACAAAAAAUUAUGUGGCAGUGAUAACAAGAAAUUAGAUAACAGUGAUAACAAUAAAUUAGAUAACAGCCCUCUCUCUGCCUCCGAGUGGGUGGGGGGAGGGGCGCGGCCUAAGACCCCCCGAGUGACAAGUGAUAACAACUUUAGGGGAGAAGAAAACAAUCUUGACUCUGACCAAAAUGUGAAUGAUAACAAUAUUGUAGACAACAAAGAUGACAAUCUAGGCAAGGAGGAUAACAGUAUUAGUUGCUGGGAGCAGCAAGCUUCAACUUCGAAAACAACUCAAGCAAAAGAUAACAAGAACAAAAGUGAUAACAAGAGCAACAGCAUUGACAACAAAAAUGAUGGUGAUAACAAGAAGAGCAACAGCAAUGACAACAAUGAUGGUGAAAACAAUGAUGGAGGCCCCAGCAGUGAAAACAACCAUGAAGAUAACAAUGAUAACAACAAUGACAGUGAAGAAAACAGCCCGGAAGAAGGAGAGGAGGAUGACGGGUUGCUGUGGCAGCUGCCGGUGCUGCUGCUGGUGCUGGCGGGGAAGUUCCUGCAGAACUACUGGCAGACCCUGCUGGAGGUGCCCUUAGUGCCCUUAGUGCUGCCCUUAGUGCCCUUAGUGCUGCCCUUAGUGCCCUUAGUGCUGCCCUUAGUGCCCUUAGUGCUGCCCUUAGUGCUGCCCUUAGUGGUGCCCUUAGUUCUGCCCUUAGUGCUGCCCUUAGUGGUGCCCUUAGUGCCCUUAAUGUGGCGUGCCCUUAGUGGUGCCCUUAGUGGUGCCCUUAGUGGUGCCCUUAGUGAUGCCCUUAGUGAUGCCCUUAGUGGUGUCCUUAGUGGUGCCCUUAGUGCUGCCCUUAGUGGGGUGUCCUUAGUGGUGCCCUCAGUGGUGCCCUCAGUGGUGCCCUUAGUGGUGCCCCUAGUGCUGCCCUCAGUGGUGCCCUUAGUGCUGCCCUUAGUGGUGCCCUUAGUGUUGCCCUUAGUGCUGCCCUCAGUGGUGCCCUUAGUGGUGCCCUUAGUGGUGCCCUUAGUGCUGCCCUUAGUGGUGCCCUUAGUGGUGUCCUUAGUGUUGCCUUUAGUGCUGCCCUUAGUGGUGCCCUUAGUGGUGCCCUUAGUGGUGCCCUUAGUGUGGUGNAUUAACGCUGGUGACAACACCAUUAACGCUGGUGACAACACCAAUAACGCUAGUGACAACACAAGCAACAAUAACGGCGUCCAGAAUACCGAUACAAAUAAGAAAAACAUUCCAGUCAAUCAGGAAGUUCCUGCCUAUAACUUGAUGGCCAACCAAGAGGCAAGGAAUGUCCUGUUGACCAAUCAGAGCUCUACCCCACGUGAAGCAGCCAAUCAGGAGUCAGUAUUCGAGUGCUCCUCCAAUCAGAGUACAGGAGAGCAGCCAACCAAUGAGGGCUCGACUAGUCUUGGCGGUUGCCAGUCCUCGCCAGACGCGCCAGCCAAUCAGGAGCCGGUAUUCGGACCCUCCUCCAAUCAGGGUACAGGAGAUCAACCAACCAAUGAGGGCUCGUCUAGUCUUGGCGGUUGCCGGUCCUCGCCAGACGCGCCAGCCAAUCAGGAGGCAGAAGCUCGUGUUACUUUCAACCAAUCAGCGUCGCCGGAUUGCGUUAUUUUUGUGGUUGACCGCAACCAAGGCGACGAAAAUUCCGGUGAAUCCGUCCUCCCGAAACCGAAAUUUUCGUUGCCGUUGAAAUCGGACAUUUUGAUUCCUGAACAAAAUCGUCAACAUUCGUCGCCAAAAAAAGUGGUGAUUGAUAUUGAUGGUGAUGGUGAGCCAGCUGUCAUGGCGCACUUGGAUCUCAACGCACCACCAGCUGCAGGUGCACCACCAACAGAUGUAGCGGCACCAUCUGCCGCAGGUGUAGCAUCUGACGCAGCAGGUGCAGGUGCACCAGGUGACGCUGCAGGUGCAGGUGCACCAGGUGACGCUGCAGGUGCAGCUGCAGCUGACGCAGCAGAUGCAGAUGCCGCCAGCCUGCAGAUGGAGCAGCAGGCGGCGGUGGUGGAGAGCGUACGCUGCGUGCAGGACCGCCUGCAGCUGGUGUUCUUCACGUUCCUGGUGACGCCCCCCACCAUCUGGCUCAUGUAUGUGGGCGUGUGGGGGGACCAGGGGGUCCCCUGGAGCCUCCUCUUCCUUCCCCCCAUUGUUCCCCCCCUCGUCCUGACCCAGGUGUUAUGGCUAUGUCUGGUGCUGGACACGCUGGCACGGCUGCUGACGCUGACAGUCAAGGCGCUGCUAUGUCUAUGUCUGAUGUUCAAGAGGCCGCAGCCUGUCCUUAAUAAGGGCAAGUUCUUCCCCUUACUCGAGACCCUCUCGCAGCUCUACAGGUCGCUCCUCCCCAUCCACCCCUGGUUCGUCUACAUCUACGCGUCUACCGUCUCCUACCACUCGGCCGAACUCCUCUCCAGCCCUGCACCAACCAGCCUAACCUCUACAACCCUCACCCCCACAACCCCUGGCAUCUACAACACCACGCCUUCUAACGCCGCGCUUUUCAACGUUACAUUUUCAAACUCUACACACUUCAACGCUACACAUUUCAACGCCUCCAUGUUGACCCACUUGAACACCUCCAUGUUGACCCACUUGAACACCUCCAUCUUGACCCACUUGGAUGACCCGCCACCUGACGGGUCCACCGCCACCCCGCCAUCGUACGCCGACGCUUCAGGGCCAACACGGGGGUGA